AUGACACAAAAUCCAGAGAUCAUUUUAUAUCAUUACAGAUCCUCGCCAUUUGCUAAGAGAAUCGUAUGGUAUUUGAAUCUUCGAGGGAUUCCAUAUGCAGAAUGUCUUCAAGGUAUGAUCAUGCCCAGGCCUGAUAUUGAAGCUUUAGGUACCAAGUACCGUCGCAUACCUAUCGUUGUUAUUGGUCGUAACAUAUACAAUGAUACACGAUUGAUUCUUAAAAAGCUUGAGAAGCUCUAUCCCGAUUAUCCCCAAAUAUCAGCGUCGUCAACAUCUUCACCUGAUCAUACGGCGAUUGAAAAACUUCUUGAAUUUUGGACUGUCGAUGGUUUGUUCUCACGAGCAGCACAGUUGAUACCAACGAACUUACCAUUGAUGAAUGAUCCCAAGUUCACUUCCGAUCGAGAGAAUUAUACUGGCAGGAGCUGGGAGAAAAAUAGUCUUGCUAGAGGAAGACCUGAAGCUCUGGCUGCUUUGAGAGGAGCCUUCGAAUUCAUGGAGAAUACCUUUUUUUCGGAUGAUCGAGAUUGGAUACUUAAAACUUCAAGUCCAACAUUAUCGGAUAUUGAAGCUGUGUGGCCAUUCCAUUGGUUAACCACAAUGCCUGGUGCAUUAUCAGAAGACUAUAUUUCACACCAACAAUUCCCUAAAACGUUUGCAUGGAUAGCGAGGUUUGAUAAGACAACUCGAUUAGCUGCAAAGAAGGUUCCAAAAGCUAGAAGACUCCUAGGAUCCGAAGCGAUUAAAAUAGUGUCGACAUCGGACUUUGUGGAGAUGGAUGAGAUAGUGGAUGCUCUAGAUCCUACCGGGCUUCAAAAGGGACAGGAAGUUGAAGUCUGGCCAAUUGAUACUGGAAUGAAUAAUAAGGAUAAGGGGACAUUAGUAGGACUUUCAUCGCAAGAGAUUAUCAUAGAGUCUCACACGAAAGAUGGAGUAAAGAUUAAAAUUCAUACACCUCGUCACGGGUUUAGGAUUCGAGGUAUUAUUAGUAAGGGUGGAGGAAAUGCAGCGAAACUUUGA